AUGAAGUAUAUGAAUUUGGAUGCUUAUAGAUUCUCCAUUUCUUGGUCAAGAAUACUCCCAAAAGAAAAACUUAGUGGAAGUGUAAACCACAAAGGAAUUGAAUACUAUAACAACCUCAUCAACGAGCUAUUGGCUAAUGGUCUGCAACUAUUUGUGACUAUUUUUCAUUGGGACGUUCCUCAGGCCUUGGAAGAUGACUAUAGUGAUUUUCUAAGCCCACACAUUGCAGAUGAUUUUAAGGACUAUGCUGAAGUUUGUUUCAAGGAAUUUAGUAACAGAGUGAAACACUGGAUCACUUUGAACGAACCCAAGAAUGUGAGCAAAAAUGGCUAA